UGCCGGAGCGCGGAGGAGUCUCUCCCGCUGUGGCAGCCGGGGGAGGCGGCGGUGCGGAGGGGGACGAGGAGCGCGGCCCGACGGGAAGCUCCACGGCGGAGGAGCAAGGCCUAAUGGAUCUGUACUCUCUGUCUCCUUCUCCCUCCAGCCCUCUGGAGCGCCCGUGGAGAAUGACCCUCUGGGAGCUCUGCCCCCAGGCUGGGAGAAAAGGCAGGACAACGGCAGGGUGUAUUUUGUCAACCACAACACGCGAACCACGCAAUGGGAAGAUCCAAGAACCCAAGGGAUGAUCCAGGAGCCCCCCCUGCCCCCAGGUUGGGAGAUGAAGUACACCGCCGAGGGAGUCCCAUAUUUUGUGGAUCACAACUCACGCACCACCAGCUUUAAAGACCCGCGUCCUGGGUUUGAGGCAGGGUCAAGGCAGGGUGGAUCCCCAGGCGCCUACGAUCGCAGCUUCAGGUGGAAAUACCACCAGUUCCGUUUCCUGUGCCACUCCAACGCCUUGCCCAGUCAUGUGAAGAUCUCAGUCUCCAGACAGACGCUGUUUGAGGACUCCUUUCAGCAGAUUAUGAAUGUGAAGGCCUACGAUCUGCGUAGGAGACUUUACAUCAUCAUGCGAGGGGAGGAGGGGCUUGAUUAUGGCGGCAUAGCCAGGGAAUGGUUCUUCCUGUUGUCCCAUGAGGUUCUGAACCCCAUGUACUGUCUGUUUGAAUACGCCGGCAAGAACAACUACUGCCUCCAGAUUAACCCCGCCUCCUCCAUCAAUCCUGACCAUCUCACAUACUUCCGCUUCAUUGGACGCUUUAUCGCCAUGGCUUUGUACCAUGGCAAGUUCAUCGACACAGGCUUCACUCUGCCCUUCUAUAAACGCAUGCUGAACAAGAAGCCCACUCUGAAGGACCUGGAGUCCAUCGACCCAGAGUUCUACAACUCCAUCAUGUGGGUCAAGGAGAACAGCCUGGAGGAGUGCGGGGUGGAGCUGUACUUCGCCCAGGACAUGGAGAUCCUGGGCAAGGUGUCCACGCACCAGUUGAAGGACGACGGGGAGGACGAGCUGGUGACCCAGGACAACAAGGACGAAUACAUCAGCCUGCUGACUGACUGGCGCUUCACACGAGGGGUGGAGGAGCAGACCAAAGCUUUCCUGGACGGCUUCAACGAGGUGGUGCCUCUGGAGUGGCUUCGCUAUUUCGACGAGAAGGAGCUGGAGCUGAUGCUGUGUGGGAUGCAGGAGAUUGACCUGAGUGACUGGCAGAAGAACACUAUCUACAGACACUACACUAAGAACAGCAAGCAGAUCCACUGGUUCUGGCAGGUAGUGAAGGAGAUGGACAAUGAGAAAAGGAUUCGUCUCCUCCAGUUCGUCACAGGGACCUGUCGCCUGCCUGUAGGCGGCUUUGCUGAGCUGAUAGGGAGCAACGGACCCCAGAAGUUCUGUAUAGACAAGGUGGGGAAGGAGACAUGGCUUCCAAGAAGCCACACCUGCUUCAACCGCCUGGACCUGCCCCCCUACAGGAGCCUGGAGCAGCUCCGAGAGAAGCUGCUGUUUGCCAUCGAGGAGACGGAGGGCUUCGGACAGGAAUAAGGGAGAGAGAAGAGAGGGAGGUGGGCGGUGGGGGUCUCCAGUUAGGAGUGAGGGAAGAGUCAUUUAUGCAGAUAGCUUGUUUUUCUUUCCCCCCCUUUUUCUUUUUGUUAAUCACAGUGAAUAAUAUGAACUCUCCCGUCAUCUGUCCUUCUGAAUCUUGAAUCUCCUGCGGCAGACGGGGGGCUAUUUCUCUUCAUCGCAGGCCAGAGUGGGGUGGGGGGAUUCCAGCUCCAAACCCUGAGGAGGACUCGUGUUCCAGCUUAGCACAGACACAGCUGAUUCAGCAACCAUCCCGAUUCGGGACCCUGCUUGUAGUCCAAUCAAACCGUUCAAUACUUUACUAAAUGUGGUCAAAUUCCUGCUUUACUCAGAUCCUCUUCCCGAAAAUCCUGUUCUAAUCAUGGCACAGAGACCUGUCAUUAUUUGGGUGCGUUGCGUGAGUGUGCGUGUACGUGCGUGGGUGGGGCCGGCUGUUCCAACGUGUGUCCAGGACUGUAACUCAGAGACCUGCAGCUGAGACUGGGAGAGGGAUGUAAGGGAACAAAGGGUGUAUGAAUGAGUGUGUGUGUGUGUGUGUGUGUGUGUGUGUGUGUGUGUGUGUGUGUGUGUGUGUGUGUGCGUGCAUGUUGGGGGUUGUUAGUGUGCACGUGAGUGUGAUGGUGUGGUCGCAACAGCUAAGUAUUAUGUUCACCCAGAAUCUUGCCUUUGACAUGGCACGCAGCAGAAACAGAGAACAGGACAACUUCAGUAAUAAAAAUCACCUGCACAUUGCAAGGACAGCACAGCUACAGCAAAUAUAUCAUAUCUGUCGAAGAGAAAUGAACAUUUUAAGAUGAAUGAUACGAUGUGAGUGAGUGAGAGGAGCAGUUUCAGUAGCGUGUAUCCUCUGGAACAGAGGCUAGAAUGAUGAGAUGUGAUGAUUAUUUUCUUUUUUGUUAAUAGUGACAUUCAGCUGUUUUCCUGUACAUAGCUCAAAUAAAUGAGACUCCAAUCUUGAAAAAAA